AUGCGGCCGUCCGCAAGGCUGCUCCUCUUCCAGUUUCCCUGCUGCCCGUCGCAGCGGCUGCUGCACCGAAACCUUAACCCUCCUCUGAUGUACUCCACAGACCAGUUGCGUAUCGCCCUUCUCAUCUCGUUGCUACCCAGGCAGGCACCUGAGUGGGCCACAGCGUUUCUGCGCUCCGAUUCAGACACAGCGCACUCCUACAACAAAUUCACCCGCCAACUUAAGCUCACCUUUGAACAUCCUGCCGGCGAGUUGGACCUGGAAGCAAGGGUCUGCCAGGCACAGACCACAGAGGCCAAACUGGCAGGUGUGCCGCCUGGACGACUCUAUGUUCCCAACAUCAUGAGAUCAGAAGUUCUCCAGUGGGGUCACUCCUCACCCAUCUCGGGACAUCCGGGAACACGACGCACCCUCCAGUUCCUCCAGCGCGACUUCUGGUGGCCAUCCAUAGCGAAGGACAUCAAUGAGUUUGUCCAGGCAUGCCCGGUGUGCGCCAGGGCAAAAGGCACCAACCGACCAACAUCAGAAGAACUUCAACCUCUCUCGGUUUCUCGUCGACCCUGGACGCACAUUGCUGUCGACUUUGUCACGGGCCUGCCGGUCUCCGAAGGAAAAGACACCAUCAUGACCAUUGUCGACUGGUUCUCUAAGGCUGUACCCAGUACCUGGUCGAUUGGGAGGGCUACGGCCCUGAGGAGCGGUCUUGGAUUCCGACCCCAAACUUAUUCGAGACUACCGUCGUCGGAUAUUGAACGACAGCUGGACCCUGACGAGAGGGGGAGAUGUGAGGGGAAGAUUCACACAAACCUGAUCCCACUGGAGCUAAAGCUCAGACAGCAUACCAGGAAGGACCUUCUCCAUAACCAGUGCAAUACCAUGAAGAUCAGGAACAAAUGGAAUUCAGUUGAUCGAAUUCCCCUUUCAGAGUUAAACAACCUGCUUGUCGAUGACCGGCAUGGAAUCAUCUAUUGCUACGUUCCAAAAGUUGGCUGCACUGUAUUAAAAAGGAUCAUGAUUGUUCUGAGUGAGAGUCUGAAGGUGUAUGGGGUACCUUACAGGAACCCUAAUGACAUCCCCAUUGAAGAUGUUCAUGGAUCUUCUUUACAGCACCUCAACAAAUACCCCAAGAAAGUGAUGACAGAAAAACUUAAGACGUACAAGAAGUUCAUAUUUGUGCGAGAUCCAUUUGUCAGACUGAUUUCAGCAUACAGAGAUAAGAUACAAAAUCCAAAUCAAAAUUAUUAUGAAACAAUUGGGAUGAAAAUAUUAAGCAAAUUCAGAAAUGUGUCUAAUCCACCAGCAUCGGCAAAGGAAGCAAAUGCUGCAGGUAUCAUUCCUUCUUUCUACAACUUUAUUGAAUAUAUAAUAAGUCUUCCAUUUCCAGAUGACGCAGACAUUGAUGAACACUGGCGAGAAACAUUUCAAAUGUGCCAUCCCUGCUUGAUUAAUUAUGACUUUAUUGGAAAAAUGGAAACCAUGGAAGAAGAUGUUGCUCACUUACUACGAAUGCUCCAUGUUGAUAACCUUGUCAGCUUUAAAGCCUGGACUAUUACAGCAGAGACAAGUUGGAUUAAAAAAUGGUAUUCGGACAUCUCCAAAGAACGGAGAAGGAAACUAUAUGAAAUUUAUGAAGCAGACUUCAGACUGUUUGGAUAUGAAGAUCAUGAAAAUGUAUAA